GUUCAACCAUCCUAGCAGGAGAUAUAGAUUACAAACAUGGCGAACAAUUUAGAACAUACAAGUGCGACGACAAGGGAGUUUACACUCGAGUUGUUGAAACAAAUUACAGAUAACUUUUCUGAGGACCAUGUCAUUGGACGUGGUGGGUAUGGAGUAGUCUACAAGGGAUUACUGGAUGAUGGGGAAGAGAUUGCUGUCAAAAAGCUUCACUACAUGCCCGGGCUUGACGACACACAGUUUACAAAUGAGUUUAAUAACCUUAUGAGGGCCCAGCAUCAAAAUAUUGUACAGUUAGUGGGCUACUGCUAUUAUCUAGGACAUGAACGCUUCAAGUACAAUGGUGAAUAUAUUUUUGCCCCAGUAGAAGAAAGAUUUCUCUGCUUCAAAUACCUGCAGGGUGGAGGCCUUGACAAGCAUAUUUCUGAUGAAUCCUGCGGACUCAAUUGGCACACACGCUUCAGGAUUAUUAAGGGAGUUAGUGAGGGCCUAAAUUACCUUCAUAAUGGAUGCAAAGAUUCUAUUUACCAUCUUGACUUGAAGCCUGAGAAUAUAUUGCUGGACAAGAACAUGUUCCCAAAAAUUGGAGAUUUUGGUUUGUCAAGACUUUUUCAGUCAGAAAAAACCCAUAUCACAAGCAAAAUUAUGGGAACCGUUGGAUACAUGCCACCAGAAUACAUCGAUAGACGAGCAAUAACACCGAAGUUUGAUGUAUUCAGUUUGGGUGUUAUAAUUCUUCAGAUAGUAGCGGGAUAUGAUGGCUAUUCCAAAUGUGAACAUAUAUCUCUGCAAGAAUUUCUUGAGCAUGUGCAUGAAAACUGGGGAAAACGGAUGCAGGAAACAAUGUCAUCACAUACAUCAGAGCAAGUUAUUACAUGCAUCAAAAUAGCAUUAAGGUGUGUGGAGUUUGACCGAGAGAAAAGGCCUACCAUAGCGGAUAUUAUUGAUGAACUGAAUAAGAUUGAUAAUGCCGAAAGUUCAUUUACACUCGAGUUAUUGAAACAAAUUACAGAUAACUUUUCUGAGGAGCAUGUCAUUGGUCGUGGUGGGUAUGGAGUAGUCUAUAAGGGAUUACUGCACGAUGGAGAAGAGGUUGCUCUCAAAAAGCUUCACUACAUGCCUGGGCUUGACGACAAGCAAUUUAUGAACGAAUUUAAUAACCUUAUGAGGGCCCAGCAUCCAAAUAUCAUCCGAUUAGUGGGCUACUGCUAUGGUCUAGGACAUGAACGCUUCAAGUACAAUGGUGAAUAUAUUUUUGCCCGUGUACAAGAAAGGAUUCUCUGCUUUGAAUAUUUGCAGGGUGGAAGCCUUGAUAAGCAUAUUUCUGAUGAAUCCUGCGGACUCGAUUGGAACACACGCUUCAAAAUUAUUAAGGGAAUUAGCAAGGGAAUAAAUUAUCUUCAUAAUGGAUGCAAAGAUUCUAUUUACCAUCUUGACUUGAAACCUGAGAAUAUAUUGCUAGACAAGAACCUGGUCCCAAAAAUUGGAGAUUUUGGUUUGUCAAGACUUUUCCAAACAGAAAAAACGCAUAUCACAACCAAAUUUAUGGGAACAAUGGGAUACAUGCCACCAGAAUUCAUCGAUAGACAUGCAAUCACACCAAAGUUUGAUGUAUUCAGCUUUGGUGUUAUAAUCAUUCGGAUAGUGGCAGGAUUUGAGGGCUAUUCCAAAUGUGAAGAUAUGUCUCCUCAUGAAUUUCUUGAGCAUGUACAUGGAAACUGGAGAAAGCGGAUGCAGGAAACAAUGUCAUCGCAUAUAUCAGAGCAAGUUAUAACAUGCAUUGAAAUAGCGUUUAGGUGUGUGGAGUUCGACCGAGAGAAAAGGCCUACCAUAGCGGAUAUUGUCAAUGAAGUGGAUAAGAUCGAUAAUGCCGAAAGUUUAGCUAUAGCCAAGAACUCAGACGAACAGGAGCACACUGUAGAAAAACAACCGGUGAUUCAAGUACAAGAAAAAAAUAGUACGGAAGAGAAUACCAGAUACGCGAGAACGGAUUCCAUUUCUACUGUCAUGAAAAAGCACCCUUUAUCGAAAAAGUAUUACACAGCAGACCCAGUCGUUGCAAUUGGUGCCAUGGUGGUCUCCCUGCUCCACAAGCUGUGCGAGCUCUCUAGUGAAUACAACCUGGGAGCGAACUUGAAGAAAGAUGAGCACCUUCACAGGGAACUGGAGAACCUUUGUGAUGCGGUGGAUAACAUCGAUUUUAUGAUGCGUUCCACGUCUCCGGAACUGCAAGGUCCGAGGAAAGAUUCCUAUCUGGUGCCUUUGCCUGGGACGUCCCCGAAACUGCGAAAUCCGAGAAAGGAUUCCUAUUUGCUGCGCUUGCCUCGCACGUCUCGGAAACUGCCAAGUCGGAUAAAACAGCCUUCAAGGAAGAACUCCUGCGACAAAAAGAAAGGGAAGGGCCGAAAUUAAGAAGCGUGCACAAUGACCACCAUUUUUUAGAACAUUAUUAGAGGGCUGGGGGCUGACGGGUGGCAAAAGCAUUUGCUUGCGAUUCUUCGCUUGCGCCAAGUUUCGAUUUUCUGUUUACGGGAGACUUUCAAACAGUACUUCACUCUUUGCGUCACUUCUUAUCAGCUUCUUUGUGGGAUUACGAGUGAAAUUAAGCACAAAUAAAAAAUCACUCAAAAUUUACCGAGAAGCCGGAUGUUAACUCUUUCCCUCUCAUAUUCAUAAGCUUGAUUGGUUGUGUGCAUCUUAACU